AUGUCAUAUAUUGAAGUACAACAUGAUGAACAUAUCGGAUGGUUUUGUAAUAAUGAUCUUAUUCUUGUUUGUGAUCGAGAAACAUUCAAUAAUGAAAAUAAUAGUCCAUUUAUGGAUGAUAAUAAACUUCAAUCAAUAUAUUCAUCGUUUAUAACGCGAAAAUGCCGUCGUCAUAUACCAAAACUUGAUUUUAAUGAUGAAAAAUUAUUUCCUUCUAGAUCACAUAAAACUACCCGUACAACAACAACAAUAACAAAUAUAACUUCAAAUGAAAUAAAUCUUGAUGAAGAGCUUAUUUCAGAAUUAAAUUCUAUGCUAGAUUGUCGUGAAUAUGUUAGUAAACAAAAUCAUUUUUUUGAUCGAAAACAAUUUCAACAAGCUCAAGCAGCACAAGCCGAUCAAGAAAAAAAAUUAGAAGAAUUUAAAAAACGUCAACAAGAACAAAGUAAAAUUGAAAGACAACAACGAAGACGACAACAUCCAUUAUAUGUUAGUCGAUUUGAUGAAAAACGUUAUCAAAUACGUGAAAAACUAAAUUAUGCUCAUCGUGAUGUAUAUUAUCUUCAAGAAAAAAAUCUUAUACUUGAAAAUCAAAAUAAUUUUCUUGAAAAUGAAUUUAAACGACAAUUAGAUAACAUAGUUGAAGAAAAAAAUGAACAUAUUAAUCGACUUAUACAUAUUAUUGAUCAAACAUAUACACGAUCAACUCAAAUAAAUAAUCAUAUUAAUGAUGAAUAUUAUUCAUCAAAUAAAUAA